AUGUUUACAAAGACUGAACAUGGCAUAAAAAACCUCGUCACGAAUGACGACUGGAACCUGAAUCGAGGGGCAGAUACUUGGAAGUUCUACCACCCACUUCAAGUGAUGGGCCUCCUGUCGACGGAAGACUGGUUUAUCAUGAAGACUGAUGAUGAUGGGGAGACCACUAGAUUGGUCGCGGGUGCAAAUUGCUUCCCAGCCGGAUGGAAGCUUCGAGAAAGAGUUGGUCAGAGCCUCUGGGAGAUCCACGCUGGCAAGGUACCCCAGUAUGAAGAGAAGCUGGCCAAGUCCAUGGACCGAUACUUCCUGCGACUGCGAGCGGAUCAAGCGUACAUGCGCUUCAACUACGCCAUCGAUCUUAGUUCGGAACUCUUUCACAUCGAUUCCCAUCAUAACCUAAACGAGGAGAGUUUGAAUCAUGCUGUCACUCUGGAGCAGCUGCACCUACGUGUGGAGAGACAAGUCUUGCAGAGGCUUCCAAAGUCUAAGGCAAUUGCGUUUUCAAUACGUACGUAUGUCACACCGAUAACAGAUGUUUGUAAAGACUUGACUGUGGCUCGAGCCUUGAGAACUAGCGUUAGCAGUUAUAGUGAAGAUGUGGCCAAGUACAAGAACAAAGCAUUGUGGAACGAUGUUUUGAUGAAGUAUCUUGAUGACAUUCUGGACACGCCGGUGGAAGAAUAG